AAAACUAUUUAAAAACAUAUAAGUCUACAUUGUAGCAAUUUGUAACAAUGACUCAGUAAACUCAGCACACAGUUCAGAUCAUUCUGUAAAAUAAAUUGGGAUUUAUUAGAAACUCCUCUGCUGAGAUGUAUUGUAGAUAAUCUCUGCACUUCUCUGCACUAGUAUUUUCCAAUACAUCAAUGAAAUAGUGUAUGAACUCUUCAUGGUCCUGUUUAUAUCAAAAGCAACAUGUGUUUUUAACUUUCUGACCAUAAAAUAACAGCUUCAGAAUCAUGUUGAUGGUACAGUAUCUGGUAACACGGUGAAUGGUGUCUCUGUCUCAGCUAUCACUUAUUUGUGCACUAUUCGGUGACAAGGUAUAGGAUCACAACGUUACAUACAUGUUGUUUACUUCAACAUACUGUUUGUUUUUAACACAAAACAUUGUUAUGAUGUAAUGAGUUGUGUUUGCAGUCAGCAUCAACACCUACAGACCUGGGAUUUGUAUAUACAACAGUGAUGUUACACUUAGAAACUUUGAGGGGCGCCAAAUCACACAAAAUGCAGAUUUCUACAUGAUGCUUUCAAAGCUUUAACAUUUUUUAUAUAGUUAAGUAUCAUAAGCACAAGUAAAUGUAAACUGUUCAUUGGUCCAGUUGAUUAUUAGUUCCAAAAUUCAGCAGUUUUGGUUAAAGGUGCAGGUCAGAGGAAGAAAGUGAAAGAAGAGAAAGCUCUUCAUUUACUUUUUUUUUAAAAAAGAUCUGUUUUCAUAGCUGAAGAAACUGAAUAAUCAGACUGACCGUAAAGGAAAAGAUAAUAUCAUACUGUUUUACUUAUAUCUGCCAUAUUUCCAACUUCAAACACUGUUCUGGAGACCUUAUAAACAGCUUUCAGAUUUUUUUUUAUUACCACAUUCAUAUUGUAAAAAUUCCGAGUUUGAAUUUUUGAUGAGCCCCUUUUAUCAAUAUACUUACUUUUAUUUAUUUCGCUUGUAAUACAAAUGUUUCAAUAAUAAAAUAAAUGAAAAGAAUUGAAGGGUAGCGUUUGAAAAGUUGAAUUUAUUUACUUUAACAGAGCAAGUCGCUCAAGAAACCACCUAUACCUAUAAAAACCUAUAAAAUGAUACUACAGGCCAGUCCACAAAUAAUAAUAUAAUUGUGGAAUAAUACAGAAGUGAUUAAAACUGACUGCAUUAAGUCAAAGCACUGUAGUCUUAACAAACACCGAGUCUCUGUCCUCAGCCUCCCUGCACCGCCUCCUAUGAAUAGGUAUAAUAUUAAGACGGGCUCCUGUGCGUGUUAUCCGGUGGCCCAUAAUUCCUCGCAGCGUCCCAUUUGGUUGGUAGGCUGUGACAGGCAUCCUCCCAUUGGAGGCUGGGCACGUCACGCAGCGGUGUGGCCCACACAGCCUGUACCGGGGGAGGCUGAGGGUGCCGCCUAAAAGCGUGCGGACUUAUUGGAUACGUGUUGUUGCUAGGGGCGUGGGUUGCGCCGUCAAAUACUCGACUUUUUUUUUUUUUUCUCCCCCUCAAACCUGAGAGAGAGAUUUGCAUUUAAUGAGAGAACCCGGCAGCAUCAGCUGGACGACAUGAUGCGCCGAGAGCCGGCCGCUCUCCUCCGACCGACCUGAGGGGGAAAGUGUGCCGCAGUGGGUAUAAUCUGAUAAGCGCGUCUGUCCACCCGGCUCCCGCUCCACAGCACCGGUGAGGAGAGAAAACAAAGUGCGCGCAGGUAGUUAGAGGAGCAAUGCAGAGGAGCUGAGGUCACACUUCUCGGAACUUAUCCCGAUUUCCGCCCGGAACACCUGCGCUUCUACUUGCAUCAUCCCGAGCCCGAGCCGCCGAGUGUUUCCAGGGGAUGACAGCUGCGCACUUGCUCGUCCCGUGAUGUGUCUUUGGGGGGGAUUAGUGCGCGGCACAGCCUCAACAUCCCGGCCCGUCCACUGGAGGCCAGUGAUUUGAUCUGCGGAACGGAUCACAUCUUAAUAGCAUGCGCCGCAGCGGGGGGAACCUUAUGCAAUGUGGAGGAAAGUGUUUUCCGUGAGCUCAUAGGUUGAACUGGCAAUGACAUCAGGCUUGACUUGAAUAGCUCUGCGUUGUAUUGCAGCGAGUUGGACCCGGGGCGGUGAGAGGUGGUGGCCAGGAGCAAAAUGCGCGCAUCCUCCGAGCUGGACAUUUUUUGCGGGGACGCUCUGAGUCCUUAACAGAUCCGAGGCGGGAGGCCAUCCAUCCUGAGCUGGCGAACUGCGUCACUGCAUGCGAGUGUUGCAGGUAGGCAGCAAACUCUCCCACCACCACCACCACCUCCUCCUCCUCCUCCAACACCACCGGGAGGGAGAGCAGCAUGCGCGUCAUCAUCCCCACACCAUGUCGCCGCUGAGUGUCUGACAAGUUAGCGGGGAUGGAUUCGGCGGAAGAUUCAAGAAAAGAUCCGCCGCUGGGGUCCACCUUUUCCUCAGCACCCAAUUUAGACUCGGACAUUAACGCAAAUGCCCGUCGGCCUGUGUAUGAGAACGGGACGGACCACAAUGUUAACAUCCAAAACGCAGCCCUGCGAGGAGCGAGUGACCCCAGCGCGUACCCGUCCACAGACUACCAGGGGCUGAUCCGCCAGAGGUUCAUCCGGCGGAGCCUGUGGGUGUCCGACUCCGAGGAGCAGCAGCCGGACACGCCGGAGUGUGUCAACAGCACCCCGGUGCUGACCAUUGACCUGCGGAGCAUCGUUGAUCGGAACCGGACCCGGGCUCUGCAAGUUCCCCGGCUGGGCCUCGGGGAGACCUCGAGCACAGAGAGCCAGGUGGGGCUGAAGGACAGCGCCACAGACAGCGUGAGCGUCGAUGAGGACAAGGGGGACAGGGGCGAGACCGAGCCCAAGGCAGAGGUCGCGCCCUCGGACGUCACAGGUAAAGCAGGAAGUGACGAGAACGAAGAGGAGCCCGGGAUGAAGGCUGUGUCCACCUCACCCGGGGGCCGCUUCCUCAAGUUUGACAUUGAGCUGGGGAGAGGGUCCUUCAAGACCGUCUACAAAGGUCUGGACACCGACACCUGGGUCGAGGUGGCCUGGUGUGAACUCCAGGAACGGAAACUAUCGAAAGCUGAGAGGCAGAGGUUCAAAGAGGAGGCCGAGAUGUUAAAGGCUCUCCAGCACCCAAACAUCGUGCGGUUUUAUGACUUCUGGGAGUCACCGGUAAAAGGGAAGAAGUGCAUCGUUCUGGUGACAGAGCUAAUGACCUCAGGGACACUCAAAACGUAUCUGAAGCGUUUCAAGGUGAUGAAGCCAAAAGUCCUCCGGAGCUGGUGCAGGCAGAUCCUCAAAGGCCUCCACUUCCUCCACACGAGGACUCCUCCAAUCAUCCACCGAGACCUCAAGUGUGACAACAUCUUCAUCACCGGUCCUACAGGCUCUGUGAAGAUAGGAGACCUGGGCCUGGCAACACUGAAGAGGGCCUCGUUUGCUAAAAGUGUCAUCGGCACUCCAGAGUUCAUGGCCCCAGAGAUGUAUGAGGAGCACUACGAUGAGGCCGUGGAUGUGUACGCCUUUGGGAUGUGUAUGCUGGAGAUGGCCACCUCAGAAUACCCCUACUCUGAGUGUCAAAACGCCGCACAGAUCUACCGCAAAGUCACCAGCGGGGUGAAACCCGCCAGUUACGGUAAAGUCAGUGAUCCAGAAAUCAAGGAAAUAAUCGGGGAAUGUAUCUGUCACAGAUGGGAAGAGAGGUACUCCAUCAAGGACCUCCUGAAUCAUGCAUUCUUUGCAGAGGAUACAGGCGUGAGGGUGGAGCUCAAUGAGGAGGACGAUGGGAAGAAAUCAUCCAUUGCUCUGAAGCUGUGGGUUGAAGACCCCAAAAAGCUGAAGGGGAAGUACAAGGACACCGGUGCCAUUGAGUUUACCUUUGACUUGGUGAGCGAGGUGCCGGAGGUCGUUGCCCAGGAAAUGGUGGAAUCCGGUUUUUUCCUGGACUGUGAUGUGAAGAUAGUUGGGAAGUCCAUCCGGGACCGCGUGGCUCUCAUCAAAUGGCGGAGGGAACGAACUGUAUCGCCAGGAAAUGGCGAGGUAGCUGUGAAGAAGACGCAGCAGAACCUGCUGCAGGUGCCAGGCCCUGGUGUACCACAGGCAGCCACAUUGGCUACGACAGAUUAUGAGGAUCAAGAAGUGGAGCAGCAGACCCUGAUCUGCACCGUGCCAGCCACCACCACAUCUGACAGCGGCGUGGGCUCGACCAUGCAAUUAGAUGAUCUGAACAAUCAGCAAAAUGGCCCCUACCAAUCGCUUCCAGAGCCCAUCUCCACAGCCCAGACGAUCUACAGUCCUCCUGCGCAGGCUGACCUUCAGCUGCACCAGGGGCCCUACCAGCAACCCACAGCACAGGCCGCACAUGAAAACUACACACACGCGUCCACUCAGUUUCACCAGGGGGCCUACCAGCAAACCACAGGUCAGCUGUAUCCAGGGGCCGAUCAACAACCCGUUGCACAACUGCACCAGGGGCCUUAUCAGUCUCAAACAACAGUUUCUGCUCCACCUACGCCGGCCCCUAUUGUGCACCAGAGCAGACAGACAGCACAGAGCUUCCCAGCUGCAGCCCCCACCCUACAGCCGCAGCCCACUGCCCAACCCAGCCAGGAACAGCUGUUUUCUGCUGACCAGCCUACAUCUCACCUGAGUCCUCCUGACAUUUCGACCAGUUAUCCACAGUCAGUCUCCAGCGCUCCUCCCCCACUCCUGCCCCUGCAGAUCAGCACACAGUUUCCCUCACCAUAUCACGUUGUUCAAACAGGGGACACUAGGCCCCCUCCCUUCCCCACAGGUCCUCUGCCAUGUGCCUAUAGCUGCACUGGCCCUCCUAUGUCUAGCUCCCGCUACUCACCAUCACCCCACCAUCCCUCCCUCCCUCUGACCCCUCAUGCUGCCUAUGCCUCUAUACCCACUCUCGGAACCCCUCAGACCCCCCUGUCCACUCCUCAGCAUGUGCCCAAUGUGGCGCUCCCUUUUCCACUCCUCGCCAUGUCCCCUGCUGUGCCCCAGCAGCAGGGCGGCCAUUUCACACCUCAGACAAACCUCGGUAGCUUCCAUUCCACCCAUCCCUUACCUCUCUCCCAGGUACAACCCACCCCAUACCCUGUCCCCUACCCUGAGCAGGAACUGGCUGAGCAGCCUGUCCAGCCGAUUGCACCACAGGGGAAUUUGGGAGAUGUUCACCUUUUGGCCGCGGUCCACCCUGCUGUUCAGACUGCUUUCUGGGGAAGUGGAGGAGAGGCAGAAACAACCGCUGCUGGCAUAGACGUAUCUGUAGCCCCUGCAGUUCCAGCCCCAGCCUCAAUCUCAGUAUCAGCUACAGCCCAAGUAGAAACUCAAGCCCCAGCACAAACUCCAGCUCUGGUCCCAGCACAACAACAAUCACUGGCCCCUGUAUCAGCUCAUGCUGCAGCCAUGCCUGACACUCCAGCUUCAGUCCCAAUGCAAGUUCAAACAGCGGGGCAAGCUCCAGCUCCAGUUCAAGCACCAGUUUCCGCAUCAGGUCACAUUUUUGAACCACCAAAAAGCUCAUCUGCAGUCUCCGACACAUCAUCUGCAGUUGGCGAACCCAAACUCUCAGUCCCAGGUUUAGCCUCGGCCCCAGUCCCUGUCACGUUGCCAGCCUCAGUUCAGUCUGCAGCCCCUGCUCACGCUCCAGCUCCUGUCGCAGCUUCAGCCCCGGCUCCAGCUCUGCAGCCUGCUGGCAUCCAAUCAGCGGUCUCAGUGUCUGAGUGUGCCAGCCUGGCCACAACUCAGCAAAACAUCGAGUCGACAUCUGCAUCCAGCACCCUCCAACAAGAGCCCUGUGUAGAGGAUGUGCUUCAGGAAAAGCCCCUGUCUUUGCCCAGCUACACCUAUGACAGUCUCAACUCAGACGUUGCAUCCGGUAAGGAAACAAGCGACGGCUAUGACAGCCUAGCGAGUGGAGGGAAGGGAGACGGAAAACCGAGGAAGCACCACCGCAAGUCUGCCCGCACACGUUCCCGGCAAGAAAAGACCAGCAAGCCCAAACUGAGCAUGCUCAAUGUUUGCAACACUGGUGAUAAAAUGGUCGAAUGCCAGCUGGAGACUCACAACCACAAAAUGGUGACAUUUAAGUUUGAUCUUGAUGGAGAUGCUCCGGAGGAAAUUGCAACUUACAUGGUGGAGAAUGGCUUUAUCCUGCUGUUGGAGAAGGAGAGCUUCAUCGACCAGCUGAAGGACAUUGUGGAUAAAGCUGAAGACAUGCUGAAUGAGGACACGGAGGGUGAAAGGGCCUCCACCUUGAGUUGCAGUCCUCAACAAGGCCAAAUUGCUGAAGGGCAGGUCGGAGAGAGUCAGCAGCCUGGAGGACCUCAGCCUGUCUAUCAGCAGAAUGUUCUUCACACAGGGAAGAGAUGGUUCAUUAUCUGCCCUGUGGAGGAGACGCCCACAUCCAGCCAGGACACUCCAUCUGAUGCCACAACUACUCAGUCACCUGGGAGUUCGGCCACCACCCAGCCUGCUGACAGCGGCACCGCGAGGCCCACUGUAUCCAGAGAAGAGGGGUCAUCCUCCACGAUGUCUGGUGGAAGUGGAGGCUUCACCUAUGAUGUGUACGGAUUCUGUAGCCCUCCGAUAAUGUCCAACACAGACCCUCUUCUAUUAGCCACUCUGUCUCCCCCUGUGUCCGCUCCCCCAACCCUUCAGUCGAUGUUGUCCGUGGAGCCCGCAGGCAGCUCAGUGCAGCCCAGUGUUCACCAGGCUCAGCCAGCCAGAGCUCAAACUUUGCCCCCAUCGUCCCCACAUACGUCUUUUCCAGUGGAUGAGUCACAGGGAUCCCCUCUGGGCUCCGUCUCCCCAAUCCAUGCAGCUCAGCAGAUGCCCGACAUGACGUGUCCGGUUUCAAUAGCUGACGAGGUGCCCUGCUGCCCUCUGGUCAUGCCCCUGUCUCUGGAUGUGGGCAGUUUACAGGGGGGGUCUCCUCUCACUCCACUUCCACUGCAGGAACAAGGUUCUGCAAAAGAGCCACUGUCCGUCUCCUACGCCUCUGCAGCACGGAGCGAGCGUCCACAGCAGCCCGUGGUGCUCCACCAGCCUUUUUCCAGCGUGGGAGGGACCAAGGUGCCCUCGUUACCCCAGAGCCCAGCACCAUCCCAGCAUGCAGCAGGGCCCGGGGAGUCAGACGGCGAAGGAAGGCUGGGUCGAGGGGGCUUUGUGGACAGCACCAUAAAAACACUGGAUGAGAAACUAAGAAACUUGCUGUACCAGGAAUACGCUCCCAUGUAUCCAUCAGGCAGCGCUGCAGAGACACCAGGCUCCGGCACCGAGUACAUCCAGUCUCCUCCGGGUCCGGACAGCGCCACAGGAGGGUCAGGGAACAGCACGCCGGGGCCGAUGGGGGAGGGACGCUACAGAGGAGGAGAACAACUGCCUCAAAUUCCAGAGCGAAUGGAUAGUUUGAGCACACUGAGUGACUCAGCCGUGUGUGCUUCCCUCUCGAGAAGACACGUUCCUCACUCUGCUUCCUGCUCGGGAACGAGAGGCCGAUUUAAGAUAAUCUCUGUUCCUCCUGAAGUGGCCAACAGACGAGAUGUGAAGCAGAGGAGCUGGAGCAGCGCCGCCUCGCCGGCACACCCCACAGGCUUCAGUGUGGACCACGUUCACGCUGAGGCCAUGACCGCCUCCACCACCAUUGGCCGCUUCUCUGUGGUGAGCACAGAAGAUGACAUCACACAGAGGACGCGCUGCAGCCGCUACUCUGCCCCGCCUGAUUUCUACCUGGACACACCUCCAUCCAUGGCCAAGCGGGGCUCGGUGCCUCGCGCCCUGACCUCGCCCUCCGUCCCCGUGGACGUCACGGUCCACGCUCGUUUCCUCUCUUCAGACUCGGGGGCUGAGAGCAGCCCUGCCAAGCUGACGUCGGCCACCCCGUCUCACACACACACUCGGUCUGAGCGCAGAGGAAGCGACCUCAUGAAGAGAGCAGUGGCCUUCCUCCGUCGCUCAGGGCGCAGCAGCAGCGUGCAGAGCUCUGACUCGCCCAGCAGGCACGGAGGUGUGCACGGCUCAGCCUAUGCCAGCAGCGAUAAUGACUCAGAGAUGGAGGACUCGGACAUGAAGAGGGAACUACAGAGACUCAGGGAGAAACAUUUGAGGGAGAUCUCUGAGCUGCAGGCCAAUCAGCGAGGUGAAGUGGAGCUGCUGUACCGCCGGCUUGGCAAAGCCCCCCCUCCUGGCCUGGGUCUAUCACACACUGCACCGCACGCUGGACGCAGGAAGAGGUCCAGCAAGCACAGACUGAAGCCCGGCAAACUCCUCAGCCCACUGGUCCAACAGUUUAGAAAUGUCACGACCAAAAGUGGUGACUCCAGCAAAUCCAGUGCGUGCCUCUUAAAAACUCAAGUAUCACAAGUUGAUUAUUUACAUCAAGAGCAAAGAGUGUACCAUUCUGAUUCUUGUGUGUGUUCAGGUGCUGCUACAGGUACAGGUGAGCCCACAGUGAGUCUAAACGGCUCCCCGGCAAAAGGGUCUUUCCCCACUCACAGCAGGGCCCGCUCAUGCACCAGCCACCUUCCCAGCUCCACCUCGGAGCCCGUGCAGACUCAGCAGCCCUGCUCCCUCAAGGGCUCAUUGUCCUCUGAUAAUAUUUACGCUGGACUACACGGAGACGGCCGCAGCACCCAUGCUCCACCCGGACAAGGCUGGUCUAAUUACCCUCAAACAUCUGAGAGAGUGACCUAUAAAUCGAGUAGCAAGCCGCGAGCUAGAUUUCUCAGUGGGCCUGUGUCUUUGUCUAUCUGGUCAACGCUGAAGCGACUGUGUCUCGGCAAAGAGCGUGGCCACAGGUCUGGAGCCGGGCCAGGGGCUUUCAAUCAAUCACAGCAGCCACCUACUGGUGCAACACCUCCCGCUCAUCAGCCAGUGAUGGGGCUGGCCCAAGCACAGGCCAAUAACAGCAACAACAAGACAGGCACAUACACUGGCACAUCCAUGAGUGCCAAUGAAAACAACCUGCCUGAGGACUUGCAGCGGCUGAUGGACGACUGGGCGCAGGAGGUUCUUAUCGUCACCCACAGGCCGCGCACUAACUCCCUGAGCAUCAGCGGGCAGCAGCUCUGGGAUCAGGCUGUGCCUCGAACCCACGGACCGCCGGCCAGUGCUUCAGAUGUGUCAUCACGGACAGCCGCAGGUCCAGAGGCCUGCAGUCUUCCCCUGUCGUGGCCUGACAGCCCUGGCUACACCACAAGGCCCCAUCCCAGCCAUCAGCUAUACUCUCCCACUCCGAUCAGGGCCAGGUCCUUCCCUCUCUCUGUUAGCCAGUGGCCUGGGUUUCUCUUCCCCCUUCCUUCAGGAGUCUUUGCCUUUCCUGCUUCGCCCUCAGCCCAGGACGCCCCCAGCCCCAUUCCAGCUCCAUCAUAUCAGCCGCUGGACCCCAAAGCCAGGACUCUCUAAUCUGAGUAGCGUUGUGUCUUCCAACUCUGUUACCAAAAAGAAAUCUCAUGAUAGGUCUAGUCAAUCCUUUGUGCAUAUACUGUAUAUAUUUAACCAGCAUGAAUUUAACCAUAUGUACAUACUCAUCUCCAUCUUUGAGUUUUUUGUUAUUCGUUUCAUUUUGGUCAACAUGACCUCAUGUCCAUAUUGCAGUACUUAAUCCUCGAGUGCAGUGUAACGUUAGUAGAACAUUAGGUAUGUAUAAUUAGCCCGACCAGGCUUAAAAGUGCAGAUUUUUGUCAUUGCUUAUGUAUGUACCUUACCAUCCAUUGAAUGUACAUAAUGUACUGUUCAUUCAUGCUGUGUUUAUAUUACUGGUUCAUGUUUGUGUUGCUCAUUUCACCCUUAUAUAUAUAUAUAAGCUGCCGUGUGUAUAUAUGAUUCUUGUUAGUCUGUACAUAGCUCCUGUGUUUGUACAGUUAACAUUAGAUAAUCCAUAGGUUGGUGCUGCAGAUAUGUGUCUUAAUGCAACACCUUAUUAGCCACCAUCAUGCCGUCACUGUGAAGACUUGACUUCCUGGUCACUAGGACCGGUUGCUUUACUCUGCUCUCUCAGUCCAAGGAUAGGUUUCAUUCAUCAUCGAUGAAUUGCUUCCAGCACAAGCGCUUGAAAUAUCCUUAAAGAGAUUUGAAUGAACUUGAACUUUAUCUUCAGGUGGAAAAAACACCUGCGAGAGUGCCUUGAAUUGCAGUUUCAAUUUUAUGGAGAAAAGCAUUUAGAUUCGAAGCAGACACUAGAUGCUCUAUAUAUAUAUAUAUCCUUUCACCUUCUGAGGUAAAUUAUGUGAUUUGAAUAAUGAAUGUGGAUUGAACCAUAUAUAAUUUAGCAACAAAACAACACAACGAAACAGUAGUAAUAAUCUGGUCAUGUUGCAGUCCAUAGAAUACCACAGAUUGUAAGAAGAAAUCCUGUUCACUGACGUUUUUCUUGUGGGAUUGCUCUGCCACCUGCACCACCGCCUGCAUGAAUACACGGAUAUUCUGAAUGUGCACAGGUUGAUGUGGUGACUUACAGGGGGAUAUUGUUGGGAGAGAAAACCAUACGACAAGGAGGGCUGAAGGACUCGAACGUUCGAGUCGAAGUCAUAAUCAUACCAUACCUCUACUAAUGCAAUCUGUAGCUUUACAUAUUGUUGCCUUUGUGGUUUUUAAGAGAUUAGUGCGUGGUUGGUUGUCGUCUGAUAAGUGUUGAUGAUGUGAUGAUGCCAGAGGCACAUGAAGAAUGUGAAUUAUUGAGAAGCCACAACUGUUUGACAUGUUAUUUGUACAAUGCGUAGGUUUUCUAAAUUAUGUUUAUUAGAUGCUGGCCUCAUGCCUCAUCUGGCUCAUACCGCUAAUGUGUCAUGGCUGAUUUAAUUCAGAGAUCUCCAACAAAUAUCACGGUUAUUUCUGUUAUUUCAGUAGUACGACCUCAAAAUCAAUACCUUCACUUUCAAUACUUGCUUCUCUUUUGCAGCUUCUUAAGUCAUUAUGUCGGAAGAGUAGUUUGUUGAAUGCAUUAAUGUUUGUAUGUAUUAUGCACAAACAAAGCGGUGGCAAAAAUAGUCAGGAAGUAAGAAUCAGACUGUACUUCAAAACCAAGAGAGCAAUUAUAGAAAAAAUGCUUAAUUGCUGACUACAGACUGCGCUUGACAAAACAUUUCGAACUUUCUGUAGUCUGUUUCCCAAUUCAUAGCUCGGUCAAUUCUAACAUGAUUUUUAAAAGGGUAAUCUAGCUCUUAACUUUUUAGAUUUGAAAAAGAAUGGUCAAAAUAAUGCAGCAGAGGUUAACCUAUCCUGAAUUCUAGUCUCAAAUCUGGGCCAAUCAUCUGAAACUACGUAUCCCAUGAUUCAACUCAGUCUUUUCAAAUUUUAGAAAGCUCUCUCCAGAGCCACACAAUAAAUUAUACAACCCUUUUCAUAGGCUUACUGGUACUCCUUAUGAUGAGUCAAUGGAACUUUCUGUGUAAAAUCGGUGGCCCUUUAAAUUCCCCCAUAUUUGCACAGUGGGUCAAUAUUUUGAUUUUAAACUGAAUAACUGUCUUAAAGGCUUCUUCCAUUAUGACAUAUAGUUUUUUCAUUCUUGAGAUCAUAUCCUAUGCAGCUGUUUUAUUUGUGCUUUACGCAGUAACUCCUGUCUUUGACCUCUUUAAUGCUUGCAAUGAAAGCUAGGUGUAUGAUUGCUUUUGCCUGCUGUAUCACCUGUUCCCCCUGCCGUUUCCUGGCCUCUUCUGAUGGGUACUCUUUCACAAAAGCUGUACAUACUUGAAGACGGAAAUAAUAAAUUCAUUUUUGCUUGACACCAUACACUGUUAGUCAAGUAUGUGUUUCAUUAACAUUCAAAUCAAAUCAAAUCAAUCUUUAUUUAUAUGGCGCUUUUCAUACAGAAAAAAGUACCUCAAAGUGCCUCACAGAAAUAAACAAACAACAGCAGAAAAAUAG